UCUCUCUCUCUCUCUUCCCCAUCAAAACCCUAAAAACCACUCUCCGACGACGACGUCGACGACGACGACGACGACGACGACGACGAAGAAGGAGGGGGUGGGGGAGAGAUUGAUAUCGCGAUCGAGGUCGAGGGAUCGGGCGAUCGAAGAUGAGCACGGUGGACAAGAUGCUGAUCAAGGGGAUCCGGAGCUUCGGUCCGGAGAACAAGCACGUCGUCACCUUCUUCAGGCCCCUCACGCUUAUCGUCGGUCCCAAUGGCGCUGGAAAAACCACUAUUAUUGAGUGUUUGAAGCUAUCGUGCACUGGCGAGCUCCCGCCCAACUCCCGCUCCGGCCACAGCUUCAUCCACGACCCCAAGGUGGCGGGAGAGACCGAGACAAAGGGGCAGAUCAAGCUUAGGUUCAAGACAGCUGCAGGAAAGGAUGUUGUGUGCAUCCGAUCAUUCCAGCUUACACAGAAGGCUUCAAAGAUGGAGUUCAAGGCUAUCGAGAGUGUACUCCAAACCAUCAAUCCCCAUACCGGAGAAAAGGUUUGCCUUAGCUAUAGAUGUGCCGACAUGGAUAGGGAGAUACCAGCUUUGAUGGGGGUUUCAAAGGCUAUAUUGGAGAAUGUCAUAUUUGUUCACCAGGACGAGUCCAAUUGGCCGCUACAGGAUCCUUCGACAUUGAAGAAGAAGUUUGAUGAUAUUUUUUCUGCUACACGUUACACUAAAGCUUUGGAAGUAAUAAAGAAACUUCACAAGGAUCAAGCACAGGAGAUAAAGACUUACAAGCUGAAGUUGGAGCACCUUCAAACUCUUAAAGAUGCAGCCUAUAAGCUUCGUGAGAAUAUUGCUCAAGAUCAAGAGAAAUCUGAAUCCUUGAAAACCCAAAUGAAAGAACUAGAGAUGAGCAUCCAAGGCGUGGAGAGUAAGAUCACUCAUACUGAAACAACUCUGAAGGAAUUGAGGAAGCUUCAAGAUCAGAUUUCAACCAAUACUACUGCAAGAAGCACGUUGUUCAAGCUUCAGCAGACACAAUAUGCUGCUCUCGUGGAGGAAAAUGAAGAUACUGACGAGGAGCUGAGGGAAUGGCAAACAAAAUUUGAAGAGAGAAUUGCUUUAUUAGAGACUAAAAUUAAUAAGCUGGAGAGGGAGAUGAAGGAUGAAGAGACUAAAAGUUCCUUGCUGUCGCAGACCAUCAACGAUUCUAUGCGUGAGAUUGGAAAACUUCAGGCUGAAGCUGAUGCUCAUAAUGUUGUGAGGCACGAACGUGAUUCGACCAUCCAGAAGAUAUUUACGAAACAUAAUCUUGGGUCUCUUCCUGAUGCCCCUUUCAGUAAUGAUGUGGCUGUCAACCUGACAAACAGACUAAAGAUGAGGUUAUUAGAUCUUGAGAAGGAUUUACAGGAUAAGAAGAAAGCUGGUGAGAUGGAACUGAAGUUUCUAUGGGAGCGUUAUGUUGCGGUAAAUGCUCGUUGCUCUGAAAUCGAAGGCCAGAGGCAAGCUAAGAUUGAAUCUAAGUUUGGAAUUUCAAAGCGCAUAAAAGAGAAGGAGAAUGAGCGAGAUUUUGCUGAACAAGAACUAUCAAACCUUAAUCUGGCGCACAUUGAUGAUCGGGAGAGAAACCUGCAAAUCGAGGUUGAGAGGAAAACUCUUGUCUUGGGAGAGAGGGACUAUGAAUCAACAAUAAACCAAAAAAGGACGGAGAUAUUUAGCAUUGAGCAGAAGAUCAGAGCUCUGUACCGUGAGAAAGAUGUCUUGGCUAGUGAUUCUGAGGAUAGAGUGAAACUAGAUUUGAAGAAGGAAGAAUUAGAAAGCUGCAAGAGGAAGCUGAAAAAGAUAAUGGAUGAAAACAAAGACAAAAUUAGAGGUGUGCUUAAGGGGAGGCUUCCUUCUGAAAAGGAUCUUAAGAAGGAGAUUGCUAACACCUUCGGAUCUCUAAAAAAGGAGUAUGAUGACUUGAACUCUAAAACUCUUGAAGCAGAGAAAGAGGUAAAAUUGGUGCAGAUGAAAAUACAGGAUACUAAAGCUCACCUGUCAAAGCUUCAAAAAGAUAUGGAUGCGAAGAGAAGAUUUCUCGAUUCAAAGCUCCAAUCUCUAAUUGCCGCAUCUUUAGACAUCGACUCCUUCCCUAAAUUUCUUCUAGAUGCUAUGGAGAAAAGAGAUGUUCAGAAAAGCAAGUACAACAUUGCUGAUGGGAUGCGACAAAUGUUUGAUCCUUUUGAAAGAGUGGCUCGUGCACAUCAUAUAUGUCCAUGCUGUGAACGCCCUUUCUCUCCCAAUGAAGAGGACGAGUUUGUUCAGAAGCAAAGAGUGAAAAGUGCAAGUUCAGCUGAGCAUAUGAAGUUAUUAGCAGUGGAGUGCUCGAAUGCUGAUACAACCUUCCAGCAGUUGGACAAGCUCCGUAUGAUAUAUGAGGAAUAUGUGAAGCUCGGAAAAGAAACUAUGCCUUUAGCGGAGAAGACUUUGAAUGAGCUAAUGGAGGAGCUCAAUCAGAAGACACAGGCAUUUGAUGAUCUAGUAGGGGUUCUGGCUCAUGUCAAGGCAGAUAAAGAUGCUGUGGAAGCUUUGGUACAACCAGCAGAAGCUGUUGACCGGCUUUUGCAGGAAAUCCAUAAUUUGAAACCUCAAGUUGAAGAACUCGAAUAUAAGCUUGAUUCUAGAGGGCAAGGUGCCAAAACUCUGGAGGAAAUUCAAUUACAGUUGAAUGCUUUGCAGAGCAAAAGAGACACAUUGAAUACUGAAGUCGAGAAUCUCCGGGAAGAGCAGAGAUUCCUCAAUGACGAUCUGUCGAACAUCCAGAUGAGGUGGCAUGCGUUAAGGGAGGAGAAGCUAAAAGCAUCUAGCAUAUUGCAUAAAGUCAAGAAAGCAGAAGAGGAUUUAGUUCUUCUAGCUGAGGAUAAAACUCAAGCGGACCUUGAUGAGAAGCAUUUAGAAGAUGCUCUGGGUCCAUUGGUAAAGGAAAAGGAGAAGUUGCUCCAGGAACACACAAGUUUAAAGUCGAAACUUGAAAAGGAGUAUGAUGAGCAAGCAGAACGAAAGAGGAGCUUCCAACAAGAAAUUGAAACACUUUUGACACUUAAUGCAAGAAUUAAAGAGUACCUUGAUUCGAAGAAAGUAGAAAGGCUCAAGGAUUUUCAAGAAAAACACACUCUUUCUGAAUCUCAACUACAGAAAUGUGAGAACAGAAAACAGGAAAUUUCAGCUGAUUUAAACAAGAGUAAGGAGCUACUAAGGAAUCAGGAUCAAUUGAAAAGGAAUAUUGAUGACAAUUUAAAUUAUAGAAAAACAAAAGCAGAAGUAGAUCAACUCACGCAUGAGAUAGAAUCUUUAGAAGAGAAAGUUCUAUCUAUUGGUAGUAUGUCAACCUUAGAAGCUGAUCUCAAGAGACAUUUGCAAGAAAAAGAAAGGCUUCUUUCAGAGUUGAAUAGGUGUCAUGGAACUCUUUCUGUCUAUCAAAGUAACAUUUCAAAGCAUAAGCUCGACCUUAAACAGUCACAAUACAACGACAUCGACAAGCGAUACUUCAAUCAGCUUAUCCAACUUAAGACAACUGAAAUGGCAAAUAAGGACUUGGACCGCUAUUACAGUGCUCUUGAUAAGGCGCUUAUGCGGUUCCAUACGAUGAAAAUGGAGGAGAUAAAUAAAAUAAUUAAAGAAUUAUGGCAGCAGACAUACAGAGGGCAGGAUAUUGAUUAUAUAAGUAUUCAUUCUGAUUCUGAGGGUGCUGGAACUCGAUCAUACAGCUAUCGGGUCCUUAUGCAAACUGGUGAUGCUGAGCUGGAAAUGAGGGGAAGAUGUAGUGCUGGUCAGAAGGUUCUUGCUUCACUCAUAAUAAGACUGGCGCUGGCAGAAACAUUCUGCCUCAAUUGCGGAAUACUUGCACUAGAUGAACCGACUACAAAUCUGGAUGGACCUAAUGCUGAAAGCCUUGCAGCAGCUCUCUUAAGAAUAAUGGAAGAUAGAAAGGGUCAGGAGAAUUUUCAGCUGAUAGUAAUCACUCAUGAUGAGAGAUUUGCUCAGCUGAUCGGCCAACGCCAGCACGCUGAAAAAUAUUAUCGUGUCACAAAGGAUGAACAUCAACACAGCAUAAUUGAAGUACAAGACAUAUUCGAUUGAUAGCAAUCCUGAGGAGAGAUUUUGAUGUACAUGUUAUGAAUUUCAUCUGCUUCACCAUUCAAUCCUCAUGCUUUUGUAUAUCAGCAGCAGAGUUGUUUUUCGUCAAAGAAUUUUGAGUGCUGCUUCACGAUAAGCAGCCAAGUUUUGAGCCCUCUAGUGAUAAUUUCCUUAACUUAAAAGAUCACUUAUGGGCUGCUUUUUGCCGGUUGUAGUUACUGAUGCACUCCUUUUGAGAAGCAUUGUAAAUUCAAAAAUGGACUUCUAUGAAAUAUAACAGUGAAAGUUCGGGUAGAAAGAACAAGAAAUUCAUCUUAACAUGUCUAUGUGCAAUGAAUAUUUUGUGGGAAUUGCUUUUGUUU